AUGGAGCCACCAAGCGAGCCAAACCCUCCUAAUUGUCCGGCUACGCCACCAUCUCGGUGGUUGUUUUCGUCCUUACCGACGGACAUCGUUUUGAGUAUAUUGGCUCGCAUAUCAACGUCUUACUACCCAACGGUAUCUCUUGUCUCCAAGAGCUUCCGCUCGCUCAUCCUCUCUGACGCGCUCGACAUGGAACGAUCCUGCCUUGGAACCCGAAAACAAUGUGUUUAUGUCUGUCUACAAUCUCCCACCUAUCCUUUUGAUCGUAGAUGGUUCUGUCUCUGGAUUAAACCCUAUGAUCAUGAACCCCUAACCCACUGGAAAAUCGACGUCAAGGUUACCGGACAUUGGUUGCUACCAAUGCCCACUUCUUAUUCUCGUCGCUUACAAAUAUUCCACGAAACUAUUGGUUCAGAAAUAUACGAGAUCGGUGGACAAGACACGCCCUCCUCCUCGACCGACGUGUGGGUCUAUAAUAAGCUUACUGGCAAACGCAAAGCUCCCAGCAUGAUGGUGGCUCGUAAGAAUGCCCUUACGUGCGCCCUCGACGGGAAUCUAUACGUAAUGGGAGGGUGUGAACCAGAUGUAUCUACGCAUUGGGCUGAGGUUUUCUACCCGAAGACUCAAACUUGGGAACCUUUACCGGAUCCUGGAGUGGAGCUCCGGUACUCUUUGGUCAAGAAUCUUCAAGCGAAGCAAGGAAAAAUUUACGUGAGGAGCAAUAAGAAGAACUUUGUUUACCUUACAAAAGAAAGUAGGUGGGAAGUUGAUGAGGACUACUUGGGUGAGAGUAUGUGUGAGAUAGAGAAUGUAUGCUACCGUUAUGGUGAUAAAAAAUUGUGGUGGUAUGACACAAAGCGUGAAGAGUGGAGACUGGUCGAAGGUUUGAGUGGAGUUCACGCGAAAUACAAAACUCAUACUGAAAUAGGUAAUUGUGGUGGAAAACUCGUUGUCUUUUGGGACUAUGAGACGUCUCGUAUUACUGCAACCAAAGAAAUUUGGUGUGCUAUGAUCUCGCUUGAAAAGAGCCAUCAUGGUGAAGUUUGGGGCAAUAUUGAAUGGCUUGAUGCUGUGCUUAUAGCCCCUCGGUCGUAUACAUUCUCGCGUUGUGUGGACUCAUUGCAAUGA